AUGAGGGUGUUUAUCACGGCGGGAAACUUCAUUGUGAUGGACCAGGGCAGGGAACCAUCACCAUGGAACGACGAGCGUGCGUUUGGAUUGCCUAGCUUCAUGCCGUCGGCCGACAUGAAAAGCCUCUUCCCCAGUCAUAUUUUCCGAUCCGACGUCUUCCGCAUCGGUGUACCUCGCGUAGCAGACUCGACCACAGUCGACGACGCCUUGACGGGCCUCUGCCCUGCGUGGAACAGCGGCUCCAAGAGGGGAUGCAGGGCUUCUGCACGGCAGAAGCCGCGUUGA